AAGUUGAGGGACUAAAAAUGUAUAGAUUUAUAUAAACUUAAUGAAUUAAUUGAUAGAAGACUAAAAAAGUGCAUUUUUCAUAGUUAAAGGACCAAAAAAGUAAAAAAAAAAGUUAAGGGAUGAAAAUUAUGUAAAAUCUUAAAGUUAAGGGACGAAAUUGACAUUUAACCAAAUAAUAACUCAUUACUUCAUCUUCAUUUAUAAUAUCAAGAAUAGAAAUGUAGGGACAUAGAUGUCCACCAUCAUGAUCAAGAAUUCUAUGAACUUUGAUGAAUCAUUUUUGUGGUCCAUUGAAACUGGACAGAGCACAAAACAAGCAUGGACAAAGCUAGUUUUGAAACUGGCCCUUCAAGCUCUUGGUUCUAUGUUUGACAGGGCAAGUAACUAGUGUCUCGGCCUAAAUGGUGCCACCCUUGCGUUGCAUGUAGUUUUAAGAUAUUUCAAAUGAGGUUCUGGUCAUGUAUACAGGCAAUUGAAUUAAAGCCUGGAGGUGGGUGUAAGUUAAUAACUUCAGUUCUAGACU